AUGCUUGAAUACGCAAACCAAUUUCAAAAUAACCUGCCAUCGGAUCCGAGAGCCUUUAGACACUCCCUCGUUCGACACACUACAAUAAGUCAUGACCAGCCAGACAAGCAUGUUGUUCGCAGUCCGCUGAGGUACGUCUUGUGGCCUUCGCUGGUCAUUUGCGUCCCUGUCCCUGUACUGUCGACCAUACUACUUGUCAUUGUCUUCGCCAACCGUAUCGUCCCUGGGAAAAAUGCCCUCGAUGUGGAUGACCAUGGCCACAACUACGAUAGCGACGUUCUUGUCAACUUCUCCGCGACCAGGAUCGUGUUUCUGGCUAGCUUCCUGUCAACUGUCGCUCCCAUGCUCUCGUCCCUGAUAAUGUCACUCUACGCACUGCUGGCCUCACAACGCCUGAGGAAUGCCUCUCAGGAUGAUGAUGCCUCUUCACUCCCCACGCCGCAUCAGAUGGGUCUUCUCGUUGGGCUGCUCCUGGCAUCUGUCGACCAGCUCAGAGACUACAUCUCGCUUUUUUUCUCCAGGCGAAGGACAUCUGGCCUUCCGCCAGUGGUGAAUCAUUCUGCUGUCGUCCUUCUUUUAGCUCUGUUCUUGGCCUGGGCUGUAAUCCUUACCGACAGCAUUCUUCAUUAUGUAACGCAGACUGUUGAGUUCAGCCAGAUUGUUUCCGAACCCGCGAGUCAGGAGUUCGGUCGUGCUCUUUCUUCCACCUGCCUGAGCUUCAAUCGCACUGACCAUUUUGGCUGGCCUUGCUCGGUAGCCAUCGGCUGGGAAGACCCUAACCUCAUCGAGGAGCAGAACGAAAAUGUCAAACUGGCCCACAACACGUCUACAACCUCAGAGAUUCGACUCACACGUGUGGAUGCCUCCUCCGAUACUCAGAUGGCGUAUCUUCUUCCUGCACACACCGGCCUCGAUAGCAGCACCGACUACCGAGCCACCACCAUUGGCGUAUCUACAACUUGCAACCUAGUGUCACCCAACAACUGCAAUUUCACGACCUGGGGUCCAAGCGACGUUUACACAAACUUCUCCUGCAGCAACUCCUUCCACGGUACGCUCGGCAAAACUCCCAACAUCAGUGAAGCGGAUGGAACUCGUGCCCCCGAUCCCUACCGCUCCGAACUCAUGUAUAAACCCGCCGCCAACUUGAUGUACACCUUCUUCACCGAUCCCGACCAACAAACAAUCUACAACACAGCAGGCUACAACGACACAGGCCAACUCGACGAAAACAUCCUCCCUCUGGAGGACGCCCAACUCAUCAACCCCGUCUAUACGACCUUCGCAGCCCGCUCCUCCAUCUCCUCCUUCCCUCCCACCUCCGCCCUCCUCUCGCCCAGCUCCAACCUCACCCUCACCUCCCCCGCCGGCAACCAAUACGUCGACUACAUCUUCACCUGCGCCACCACCUCCCACGACGUCACCUACAGCUACACCUCGCGCACCAACUCCCUCCUCCCCUCCACCCUCUCCCACACCCCGACCCCAAACGGCACCCUCCUCGAAAUCUACCACGGCGCCCAACUCUACACCGGCAUCGGCAACACCGCCUACGACCUCCAAGACUUCCUGACCCGAGCCGCCAUCGCCGCCGUCUACCCCUCCUCUUUCACCUCCACCUUCGCCGACCUCUACAGCACCAAAAUCCUCGCCAAGAUCGGCGCCUACACCACGCCACGCACCGUGCUGGCGCAGCAGGCCCGCCACACCGUACUCGUCGCCCGCAUCCCCCACGCCGCCCUGUGGCCUUUGAUCGCGCUGUGCGCGCUGUACCCGGUCCUGGGCGUGUGGCUGGGCGUGGCGGCGUGGCGCGCCGUGCAGCACGAGCGCGGGAUCGGAGAGGUGGCGACUCAGUUGAGCUUGAGGGGUCUGAGCGCUGCGGCGUUUGGCGAGAAGAGCUGCGGCGAGGAUGUGGAUCGCGGGGAGGGGUUUGUGACGUCGCGUUUGAGGAGGAGUGGCGGCGGUGGUGGGACGGGGAGGGGAGUGGGCGGGAUGGAGGAGGGGGGAGAGUGGGGGGAGAAGAAGAAGAAGGAGGAGGAGAGGAGGGUCAGGGUCAGCACCGCGCCGGGCGGGGGAUAUGUGUUCAAGGUAUGGGUUUAG